UUGAAGUUUUUUUGCUCGGGGGUGAUGACUCGGUUUAUUUUUUGAAGAUAGAUGAAUUUAUAGUUAGGUCUGUAGUCACAUUUCAUGACUUGAUUUCUUACACAGAGUGUGAACUUUGCCCAGAAAAAAACGUUAGUCCUGUCUCUGGUGGUACUUUUGAAUGCCUAGUAACAUUAGCUAAGUACAACGGUAGUUAGCUAGCUAGCUGUUUGUGUUCAGUGAUGCCUGAGCAAAGCGACCAGUUUACGUUAAAUUUUGCUUCUUAAUUUAUCCGCUGGCGUAAGGUUGGUGAACGGAGAUAGGCUGAAAUAUUGAUGUUAAGCUCAUUAGCUUAAAUGUAGAAAAAAACAACGAUUGAUGUCACAUAACUGAUCCUUAAACCGACAACUGGGCACAAUAUGAAAGCUCUUAGUUUCAGAAGGUAACGUUAAUACCUGAAAUUACGCCGUUUGUGUUUUGAGUCGGGAAUGCCAUCAUGCAAUCCAGUGAUGCUGUUUUCAUGAGACAGAAUCCCUUUCCUCCAGAACCUCUCUUGGCUAGAAGCCACUACAGUCCAUCUCGAGCAAAGAAGAUUUCCAUGCAGCAGAAAAAGCUGGCCCUGAGCCCUGUCAGGUUUCGUCCGUUUGCCAGUUCUCCAGAGCCCCCUCCUCAAACUACAUCUCUCAGCCUGGAGGACCAGCGCUUCCUUGAAGGGUCGCACCGUGUUGUUAACUGUCCUAUACCAUCUGUAAAAGAGCAUCAGGGUUUUUCUGAGUCCUGGCCCUCCACUGGUCUGGCUUCUCGCGCCAGUGCUGGUGCCUCACCCUGCACAGAGCCUCAGCCUCCACAGCAUCAAUACAGAGCGACCAGUGAAAUGCAAGAGCCUUCAGUCCUGGCAAAAUACAUUGAACGUUUCCGUUAUGGAAGGCCACAAAGCCGUGAGGAAAGACAGAGGUUAGCGACUGGGCAGCCAUUUUGGUGGACAUCCUCAUCCCCACCACAAUCAUUCAGCUCCACUCCCACCCAGACACCUAAGGAGCGCUUUAGAGGACUGUUUGACUGUGGAAAUGACUUGGCGGACAGCAUACACAGUCCAGCUGAAUGGUCUCAGCGCAACACUCUGUCACCCACCAGAGGCCUGCUUGACCUAAGCGUACUUGCCUUGUCUGAGUCCUCCCACUGUGAGCCAGGAGAGCCAGAGAUACUGCAGCUCCAGGAGAGAGCCAGCAGGCUUCUGCAGAAGAGUGAGAACUCUCUCAGCAGUGGCUCCAGUGGUGUACCUAUCAGCUCUGAGGGCCUGGGCUGCUCUGAUUUCUCCUCUCCUGUAACUGCUGAUGAGCCAGUCCGAACGCCCAUAGUGCCCAGCUUAAUGGACUCCAACUUGCUAUCAACACCCAGCGUGUCUGGAGGAGACCUCUUUGCUGCUCCCUCUGCUCACGGCACCAGGGGUUCACGCAUUCGCCCUGAGGAUGACAUCCUGUUUCAGUGGCGCCUGAGGAGGAAGAUGGAGCAGGCCAGGCAGUUGCCUGAGACAUCCUCCCAUAGUACAGCUUUUCAUCAGCCCUUAUUGAGCAGGCUAGCACUGCAGCCCCACCCUGCCUCUACUGAUCCUCCUCAAAAAGCAGGCUUUUCUUUCACACCUGUACCUGUAGAGACUGGCCCUGUAAGCACCCCUGCUGCAUGUCCAGCUCUUCAGCCAGCACUUCCUGUCUCCAGCGCAACCAUCUGUAAACUCCAGCCUGAGACCAGCAUCCCAACUCAUCAUAAUUCCAUUACCUGCAGCGGCUCAGUUCUGUUUCCCCAGCCUGCCAGAGAAAGAGCCAUUCUGGAGCCACAGGCCCCCCAUAGCCUUCAGCAAGCUUGUCUGUGUGUACAGGGCAACUACUCAGAGAGCUCAGUGGAGCCCUGCAGUAAACCUCAGACUGCCUCCUCACAGUCACCACAGCCCUCUGAAAACACAGAUGGAGAAUGGCAUGGCCGCCCAUAUGGAGAGAACAUUCUGGCAAAGGCCAAGACCAGGCAAGGGUUGGAAAAUGGCAUGAAAACAGGAGCAACGUCCAGCCGAAAGAAGAAAUCUGACAGGUAUGUAGGAGGUGAAAAAGGUGUUGAGAGGAAGCAACGCAUUGCCAAACCCAGCAGUAGACAUGGCAGAGGUCAAGAACGGGUCAGCUGCAAGGCCAAAGAAUCCAGCCCAGAGAAUAAGUGGCACAGUGGGGGUCAAAGCUCAACAGGAGGCGUUCGGUCAGGAGAUCGCGCUCCUCCCCCUUCACCGAUACACAACACUCUGGGACAGGUUGUGUCUGAGGUGCUGUUUCCUGCGACUGAUUCACCAACCCAAUCUAGAACCCCAUGUUCCUCAGAUUCUCCAAGAUACACCCCCCCUGCCCCUUCACAGUCCCCUGUGCCUGCUCAGCAAAGCAUGCCACAGCCAUCUGAGGUAAUAGGUCAGCUGAUGCAAGAAGCACAAGACUCGGAUGGGCUGGAAUUUGAAGAUGACCCCUUACUCUUAGUUCUUCGGCAGCAGAGAACAUGGGUGAAGGAGCAACUCUGUGAGGUUGACCGGAUGUUGGAAGAACUCUGUGAGGACUGACGUUUACUGUGAACUUGAGAAAGGAAAGAUGCACUUAAACACACAAUCAUGUUUAUUCAUGGAAGUCAAUACACAGUGCAUUUAUUUUGUGAAAUACUUAUGUGAAGAUAAUUACAAUGUAAAUAAACUGCUUUGGAAAAAAAAUA